AACGCCAUAAGCGCCCUCUUGGCGCUUCGCGCGCUGCCCGCCGCCGUUAACGGCCGCCCCGCGCCGCCACGCCCCACGUGACACGCCCCACUUCCUGUUUAUGCCGGAAGCCGAGGGCGCGCGGUUUCCGGCUGGUGGCCGGUCAUGGCGGGCUUCUCGCGCGCUGUGCUCAUCUUCGGCGGCUUCGCGGCCGUGGUGGGCGCCGCAUUUUACCCCAUCUACUUCCGGCCGCUGCUGCAGCUGGAGGAGUACAAGAAAGAGCAGUCAAUAAACCGAGUUGGUAUUGUUCAAGAGAAUAUUCAGCCUCCAGGACUGAAAGUUUGGUCUGAUCCAUUUGGAAGAAAGUAAUGUUGCUGGCUGAGUGCAUUGCAUGGCGGGACUGAAGAUGUCCAUCUUUGGUUGCCUUUUCUUAUGCUGAAGUGUGUCUUCAAGUGUUGCUGGAGAAGAAUGCUGAAAAUGCUGUGUGGACACAUGAGGAGAAACAAACACUACUGAUUGAAAUACCAAGAGCAAAAAACAUACUAUUUUGACAAUGGAUCCUGGGGCAUAAUGCACAAACUGAGCUGGAUGAUUCUUGAAUGUAGAACUGAAAUAUUUAUUUCCUUGACAAGAGGGAAGUGGAAUUGUUUUUGUGGUUAAUCUGUAAACAUUUCUAGAAUAAAUUAUGAAUAGAAUAAAUGAUGCAGACCAUUACAGCUUC